AUGACAAUUGUGAGAGCCUUGAUAGAAAUAACAGUCAACAAAGGAUGGCAAAUUUUACAGUUGGAUGUCAACAAUGCAUUCCUCCAUGGAGAUCUCCAUGAAGAGGUGUACAUGGAGGUGCCACCAGGGCUGGUUGUGGAAAGGCCAGGUUUAGUUGAAGGAUCAGUAGUAUUUGUGGUUGUCUAUGUAGAUGAUGUUCUUGUCACAGGUACUCACCUGCAAGAGAUUGAGUCCUUGAAAGAUUUUCUACACAACACAUUCAAGAUAAAAGACCUGGGGAGGCUUCAGCUUCAUUACUUCCUAGGCUUAGAGGUUCAAUACACAGACAAAGGAGUUUUGAUGUCACAAAAGAAGUUCACUAUGGAUCUUUUGAAAAAGUUUGGUUGUAUAGAUUGUCCGCCUAUGACUUCCCCUCUGGAUUCAUCUGUGAAGCUGAAGUCAGUUAAUGCAAAGUCCCAGGGAACCACAUUUGAAGGUUGCAUCUCCAGUCUUAAGUACUUGAAAGGUGAUCCAACCUUGGGAAUUUUCCUUACUAAUGAUGCAGACUAUAGAGUGAAAGCCUUCUAUGAUUCAUAUUGGGCAACAUGUCCCCAAUCCAGAAAAUCAGUCAGUGGCUACAUUGUAUUACUUGGGGACAACCCUAUUAGUUGGAAAUCUAAGAAGCAGUCCACAAUUUCCUUAUCCUCUGCAGAAGCUAAGUACAGAUCAACUAGAAUGGUUGUUGGAGAACUUGUCUGGCUUGCCAGGCUUCUUACUGAGCUCAUUGUUCCUCUAUCCUUACCCAUUCCCAUAUUCUGUGACAGCCAAGCUGCCCUACACAUAGCAAGGAAUCCUGUGUUCCAUGAGAGUACGAAACAUAUUGAAGUGGACUGCCAUUUUGUACGAGACCAGUUACAGGAAGGAUUGAUUUUCCUACACCAUAUUUCUACUAAUAACUAA